AUGUUUGCUAGGUCGUUCCAACCUAUCUUUCGCAGAACCUACGUGUCUUACAAAAAGUAUUAUCUCCAUCCUUUAGAAAAAAAUGUAUCGCUAAUCUCUUUCUCAAAAGAUCCUAAACAUCUUGCCAUCGGGAAAAUUUCUCAUGGAUCAGUUAAAUACGAUGAAUUGUCAGAUUCCAAUUCCGAAAAACUCAUUGAUUUGGACGACACGAAAUUCAAAGAGAAUCCUGAGUUCAUGAACCGACUCUUGGAUUUUUUUGCCAAGAAUAUAUACCAUGAUUUCAGUUAUCAAUUAGAAACCGCAGAAUACGCAGGAUCAUUCAUGCCAGUAUAUGAUUAUCGGUCGGUUCCCGAGUACGGAAGAAGAUCUGAUGUCGAUGAUGUAUUUGGAUGGGUGCGAGUCAACGAUCGGUGUGAAAUGAUUGAAGGAAGUUGGCAGGCUAAUACUUUCUAUAGACCAUUCACCCAGUCUCAUGGACUACCACAAUUAACAGACUUUACCAUGGAGAAUAUGGAGGACAUUACAAAGCCAUGA